GCGCCCCGCCAUCGCCGUGACGGGCAGGCGAGAGGGGACGGAGUUGAUGGCGGCUGCGCGGUAGAGACGCUGGCCUCGCUGGAGCGCAGGGCUGGGCGGAGGCGAAAGGGACUGGCGGCGGCGGCCCGUCGGGACGUCUUCGGCGAAGGCGGGGGUCACUGAAAAGGAAACUGAACAGCCUUCAACAGAGGUACGGCGACAUUUGAAGGAAAACAGAUUCUGCCUUUUUGACACAUCUGAGUGAAGUCGCCAAACAUGUCAGGAAUCAAAAGAACUAUAGAAGAGAUGGACCCAGACUAUGAGGAGAUCUCGCAUGUACCUACAAAUAAACGUCAUAAAGCAGUUGAGCAGUCAGCACGAGAUGCUGCAGUACAGAAGAUUGAGGCAAUUAUUAAAGAGCAGUUUUCUGUAGAAAUGAAGAAUAAAGAACAUGAGAUUGAAGUCAUAGAUCAGCGCUUGGUUGAAGCAAGAAGAAUGAUGGAUAAACUGCGAGCCUGCAUUGUUGCAAACUACUAUGCUUCUGCUGGUCUUCUUAAAGUCGGAGAGGGAACCAAGACCUGUGAUCCUAUGGUUUUUAACCAUCCAUCUGUCAAGAGAUUUUUGGAAUCUCCCUCCAGAUCAUCAUCUCCAGCUAAUCAGGGGUCAGAAACUCUGUCAGUUAACCAUUCAGAGAGUGAAUCAUCCCAGCACAUGGACUAUUUGAUGGGAAAGGACAAUGGCAACCUGGAUAUAGAAGAGCGAUUGUCAAACAAGCUCGACCAGAGGCUGAGCAAGAAUUCUGGGCAGGGCACUUCUGGUGUUGCUAGAGGUCACAAAGGGGCCCUGAGAAAUGCUGGUCACUCAAAUGAUGAACAUUCGCGGCUGUUUGUGAAGAAAACCAUAGUGGUUGGCAAUGUCUCCAAGUACAUUCCUCCUGACAAGAGAGAAGAGAAUGACCAGUCCACUCAUAAAUGGAUGGUGUAUGUACGAGGGUCCCGAAGAGAACCCAGCAUUGAUCACUUUGUUAAGAAAGUCUGGUUCUUCCUUCAUCCCAGCUACAAACCUAACGAUCUUGUCGAAGUCAGAGAGCCUCCUUUCCACCUGACUAGACGGGGCUGGGGAGAGUUUCCUGUCAGGGUUCAGAUUCAUUUCAAAGACAGCCGGAACAAAAGAAUUGAUAUCAUACACCAUCUGAAGUUGGAUAGGACAUACACAGGUCUACAGACGCUAGGUGCUGAAACGGUGGUGGACGUUGAAUUGCACCGGCAUUCUUUUAGAGAAGAGUAUGUCUUCUCCCAGUCUUCAGAUUCUGAUCUUUCUGAUGCCCCCACCUCGUUGCAUUUGCCAUUAAAUAUGCCAGCACCUGUAAAAGCAUCCUCACCAAUAAAGCAGAUGCAUGAAUCCAUUACGCAUACUUCUGCUGAGAAAGGGUUCAGAUCUGAAGCCGAAAGACAUACGACCUUCUAUUCCUUGCCGUCAUCUUUAGAACGGACUCCCACAAAGCUGGCUUCACAGAAAGUUACUUUUGGUUCUCACGGCAACUCAGCUUUUCAGCCAAUUGCUGCUAGUUGCAAAAUAGUGCCUCAGGGUCGAAUCCCAAGCCCUGCUGAGUCUCCAGGCAAGUCUUUUCAGCCCAUCACCAUGAGUUGCAAGAUUGUGUCAGGAUCUCCAAUAUCGACCCCAAGUCCUUCUCCACUACCUCGAACUCCAACUUCCACUCCAGUGCAUAUGAAGCAAGGGGCUGCCACCCCUGUAGUCAAUAACCCUUACGUUAUUGUGGACAAGCCUGGUCAACCGGUUGGGGCAGCAGCCACGAGCACAGGGAGCCCUGGAAGUAAGGCUUCAAGUGUUUCUCAAGCCUCUCAAGGGACAGCAUCUCCGGUAUCAAAGAUCCCUGGGAGCAGUUUGGUAACCUCUGCUGUCAAGCAGGAAGACUCUCUCUUUGCAACCAUGCCGCCUCUGUGUCCAAUUGGGAGUCACUCCAAGGUACAAAGUCCUAAAUCUGUGACCGGAGGAUUUGGAACAUUUACAAAGGUAAUAAUCAAGCAAGAGCCUGGAGAACUGCCUCAACAGUCUCCAGCCCCAGUGACUGGGACAACCUCUCAGACCUCAGUGCAGCAAUACGUUACGGUGAAAGGAAGUCACAUGAUUGCUUUGUCACCCCAGAAGCAGAUUGUGAGCACCGGAGAGGGAUCCACAUCAUCUAAGGUCAUUGGUGUUCCAGUUGGGUCUGCUUUACCCAAACAAGCCGUGGCUAUCGGUGGCGGGCAGAUACUAGUAGCAAAAUCCAGCCCUUCAGUCACAAAGGCCGUUGGUGGAAAGCAAGUAGUAACGCAAGGAGUUGCAAAAGCAAUUGUGAGUGGCGGUGGAGGGACCAUUGUGGCUCAGCCUGUGCAGACUUUAACGAAAGCUCAGGUGCCCUCAGGAGCUCCCAAAAGUGGAACCCAAGGACCAGUGAUGGCAACAUUGCAACUUCCAGCCACGAAUCUGGCCAACUUGGCAAAUCUGCCUCCCGGGACUAAGCUGUACCUUACCACAAACAGCAAGAACCCUUCUGGGAAAGGAAAGCUGCUGCUUAUACCUCAAGGAGCCAUUCUGCGAGCCACAAAUAAUGCCAAUCUGCAGUCAGGCUCUUCAGCAAGCGGAGGUGGAGCAGCCCAAAGCACAAGUACUGGCUUAUCACAGCAUCUUACCUACACGUCCUACAUCCUCAAGCAAACACCACAGGGCACCUUUUUAGUUGGCCAGCCAUCUCACCAGAGUUCUGCGAAACAAGCAACAUCUGGAACAGUUGUGCAAGGUAACGCAAGUGCUGGGACACCAUCUGCACAAGGACACCAGGCGUUGAAAGUGAUAACUGGACACAAAACAGCAGCUCUGUUUGCACAGGCAGCUUCCAGUGGACAGGCAUCACUGAUGAAAAUAUCCGAUAAUACACUGAAAACCUUGCCAGCAUCGUCGCAGCUCUCAAAACCUGGCACCACUGUGCUAAGAGUAUCUGGUGGAGUGAUCACUGCAGCGACAACGUCGUCCGUGACUCUGCCAACAAAUGGAGUUGCACAGCAAGUGGACAGUGCAAGUUCUAGCUCAUCUCCAGCUGCAGGCCCUGUAGUGAAGGCGUCUGGACAGCAGCCACAAGUUUCUGCCAACCAGGGGCAAGCAGCAUCGGCUGUGCCUAAUAAAACAAAUGCAUCGGCGGUUGUAAGCAUUGCUUCUUGGGUGGCUGCCCCAGCCCCAACCUCUGGGAAAACUGCAGUAUCAGGAUUGUUAAAGAUCCACUCCAGUCAAAAUAGUCCCCAGCAAGCUAUUUUGACGGUUCCCAGCCAACUCAAGCAACUUGGUGUGAGUGCUGCCUCUGGAGGAGUCCAAACAAUAUUGAUGCCUGUGAACAAAGUGAUACAAUCACUUUCAUCCAGCAAAGUGUCUGCUGUUACACCCGUAACCUCAACAAAUGCAGUUGUUCCAAGCCCUUCUGCAGUGUCUGUUGCAAAAGUUAAGCUGGAGCCUGAUUCAGCAGGGCAGAGCUGCAGUUCGCUUGUCUCCCAAGAUGGUCAGGUGACAGUGAAAGCAGAGGAAAGUUCUGAACUUGGAAACUAUGUCAUUGGGACAGAGUAUUUGGACAACCUCCAGCAACUUUUGACAGCAAUAGUAAAGAAAGUGCCAUUGAUUGCUGAGAGAACUGAAGAUGCCAACUCUUAUUGUGCCAGUUCUGUGGAACAAUAUUAUAGCUGGAAUAUUGGAAAACGGAGAGCUGCAGAGUGGCAGCGAGCACUGACAAUAAGGAAGAUCCUCCAAGAAAUCAUAGAGAAACACCCAAAAUUUCACAGCAUUGCCCCCUUGAAAACAAAGCAGGUUGUAAAUUGGUGUCGCUCCCGUGGCUACACACCACCUGACCCGGAAACUCUGAGGAAUGAAGAUUCCAUAGAAGAUGUGCUGACACAAAUAGACAACGAGCCAGAAUGCUCAUCUUCUUACACCACUGGGGAACAACUAUGUCGAAAGCUGGAAGAGCUGGAGCGGUUCCUCAAGCAAGAGCCAGACAAUGAUGAGGAAAUAGACAUUAUCAACGUUGCUGAGCCUCUGAAAAUAAACAUUAAAAAGGAACCAGAGGAGAAGCAAGAGGAAGCAAAGUUCUACUUGGCACCCCAACCUACAUCAGAGUUUGUGCGCGAGACAGUGGAGCAGAUAGGAAUUUCCUUUCAGCCUGUAGAGCUGCACAAGAACGUCUAUGCGUCCGUAAUAGAAGAUAUGGUUUUAAAGGCCACAGAGCAACUGGCAAGUGAUAUACUAAGAGAAGCUUUGGCAGUUGGUUACCAAGCAGCACCUCACAGCAGGACUCCAAGAGAGAUCACCGUGAUGAAUAUUCACCAAGCCAUCUGUAACAUUCCCUUUCUGGACUUCCUCACAAACAAGCAUAUGGGAAUAUUGAGUGACGAACAGUGAUCUGGACUGGAAAGCAACAUGAACAGCAGAAUAAAGUUCUUGGCACAAUCCCAUUGUGUUCAAAUAAAUAUAUAUUUUAGUGUUUGGUUUAGGCUACCUUGAAUACUACAAAUUAGUGUUUCAAAUUAAAAAGAGAGAGAGAAAGCAUAUUUUUUUUUAAUAAAAAAAAGACCUGUUCCAAAUUCAGCUGCCUAAUUUCAUUAGCAGUUGCUCCUAGGUGAGCUACCUGCGAAAAUUAUGAUAGCACAUUAGAUCAUGGCCUAGACUGCUGGACUCCUGCUUUAUCAAGGAAAUGAUUCAUUGCAUAGGGCUCAGUUAGUGUAAUUCAGAAAUAAAUGCAAGCUUCCUUAAUUCUCUUUGGAGCAUAGCUUCCUCUGACAUUGGUAGUUAAUUGUAAUGAUGGUUACUGGAAACAAGCCAAAUUCAACCUAUAGUUCAUAAAGCUGGCUUGUUUUCACUUGCCAUGUUGGGCAAUAUGUUAGUCUAGGACAGAAGCAAAAGCUUCUGAUAUCCAUGCUGUUGCACCAGAGGAAAGGAAGCAUACAAGCCCCACGAGAGGCUUGUUCUUGUAAUAUUAUACCAGGCUUCAUCAACCUUGGUCCUCCAGAUGUUUUUGGCCUACAACUCCCAUGAUCCCUAGCUAGCAGGACCAGUGGUCAGGGAUGAUGGGAAUUGUAGUCUCAAAACAUCUGGAGGGCCGAGGUUGAGGAAGCUGCAUUAGACCAUGACUGAGCAUUACAUACCAAUACAACCAACGAGUGGCUUAGGUGUAUAGAAAAGCAGCAAAUUCUGUUAUGGUGUAGGAUGACAUAAUGAACAUGGUAAGAAGAAGUCUAGACUAGGUUGAAAGCUUGUCCAAGUUGACAAAUAAUCCAAAAUUGGCUCUUGGAAGGAAGUUGUUGCCAACCCUCAAAUCACAUGCCUAAUUUUUCAUUUAUGCUGCGAAAAUAAUAUUCUGUCCACCCCCCACCCAUAGACCACAAUUGGAUCCUUUACUUGACCAGUAAAAAAAAAAAACUUAAGUUAUAGCAUACUGAGUUUUCCUCUAAUUUUUUGCUGAGUCAGUUCAAAUCUUGUUUUAUUUUCUGAUUUUAAAAUCUUCAAUUGUGAGGAGACAUUUGUUUGAAUUCCAGAUAAUAGGAAUUGUUUAGCCCACAUUAAAGUAUGUAAUUGGAAUAUAAUAGCUUCGCUAGAAUACUUUCUCCAAAAAUUUUUGGUUUUCAUGUGUGUGGCUCUUAGGCUAUUGGUGCACUAGGAAGUACAGUUUUUAAAAGAUUUUUUUUAAAAAAUCAGUCCAUUUGGUGACCUAGAUUCUGUCCACGUGCAGCUGCCUUGCGAUCUUUACUGAAAACAUGCAGUGCCUUGCCGAACAUUUCUCCAACAUUUUACUGACCACACUGAACAACCAAAUCAUCAAAGGGGAGAUAAAUUUCAAUGAAAUUAACCUGGGUGGAGUGCAGAGUUUUUAUUGUGCUCAGCAUACUUUCAAGGUGGCUAUAGGGUGUUUGUAGGGGACGUGGGUGGUGCUGUGGUAUAAACCAUUGAGCCUCUUGGGCUUACUGAUCGGAAAGUCAGUGGUUCAAAUCUGCACAGCAGGGUGAGCUCCCGUUGCUCUGUCCCAGCUUCUGCCAACCUAGCAGUUCAAAAGCAUACCAGUGCAAAUAGGUACCUCUGCGGCAGGAAGGUAAAUGGCGUUUCCAUGUGCUUUGGUUUCCGUCAUGGUGUCCCAUUGCACCAGAAGCGGUUUAGUCAUGCUGGCCACAUGACCCAGAAAGCUGUCUGUGGACAAACGCUGGCUCCUCGGCCUGAAGAGAGAUGAACGCCACAACCCCAUAGUCACCUUUGACUGGACUUAACUGUUGAGGGGUCCUUUAACGUUUGCUUUUUAGGGUGUUUCAGCAUUGUUUUCUUUCAUUCUGUAAGUCAUUCUGCAGCCUUCCUGGGUGCCCACGCAUUCUGAAAACCCCAUAACGUUCCUCAGCUGUGCAGAAGACAGCGAUGCUGAACACCAGAUGCCUGGCCUGCUGUUCAGUGUUUUUUUGGGGGGGGUGUAAGCUGGGUUUCUCUACUUAAAGAAAUCAAUGCAACAAGGUUUUUGGGUGGUUAGAAAAAAACUUUCAUUAACAAAAUAAAAUCAGCAUGUGCACCAAUCUUAGAAGCUCGAUAGCACACAUCCUGGCUUCUCACACUUCAAUUGAAACUCAGGGGAAGAUAUCACAAAGCUAUCCCACUGGAAAUUUUGAGAUUUGGAAUUGCAGGCAGUUAGGGAGGUGUAGUGUAUUGCAAAAAAGUUUUAACGGGAAGGGGAAAAUACCAACAUACACCCGAUGCUCAGCUGCCUCAAACAAUAAGGUUAGCUAAAAAUAAACCCACACAGUAUAAAGAAAUUCUAAGGCACCCUGAGAAAGUGGCAGAAAAACAGACACCUGUUUGCCAGGUGGAGAGAACCUGGAGGGCAUGUUUCGGCAUGAAAAUCCUUAACCUCGCUGUCAGGCUUGUUGACAUUUAACUAGUCCACUAACAGGUCAGCAGCAAAAUGUACUAACAUCUUAUCAGUAGAUGACUUGUAGGUGAACAAUCUGAAAAUAAAACAAGAACACUGAAACCAAUAUUAAUCAACCUAACAAAGAGAGGCUGUUGUCUUGAGAUAGCAAAGGAGCUGUUUCUCAAUGGAAAGGGGGAGCGGAAAUCUGUCCCAUCAAAGUUUAGCAUGCUUCAAGUGAUUUUUAAAUGUAUUUUGGGCAAACUUUUCCUUCAUUGGGAAAUGAAAAUGGUGCCCAGCAGUUACUCUGUAAUGAUGGUUGGUUGGUAAUGAUGAAGUAAUAAUGCUGCUUCCACACACCCAGAUUGCUUUUGCUAAACCAAAGUGAACGCUUUCAAAUGUGUUGAAGGCUACCAUUGUCCAAAAUGGUCCUUGGCUUAAAUUCUUUGCUUUUCCUGUAUUAUAAUGUAUAAUUGUGUAAUAUACAUUUAAAAUAAAUUUUCUUUAUUAAACAUCA